GAAUGCUAACAUAUUUCUCGUUCAUUUCGUUCUCAGCUCUGGUUCAGCGCUGUUCAAUAGUCAAAGAUUUGAAUAUCUCGACCAGGAUUUUUUUUUUUUUUUAUUAAAAUGUCUGCCGUACCUAAGGAUAUCGAAAAGCCCCAAGGCGCUGAUUCUGCAUCAGUUCACCGCAUUCGCAUCACUUUAACUUCUAGGAACGUACGUUCUUUGGAGAAUGUGUGCCGUGAUUUAAUCAAUAGUGCCAAGAACCAGAAUCUGCGUGUCAAGGGCCCAGUACGGAUGCCAACCAAGACUCUACGCAUCACCACACGUAAAACACCUUGUGGUGAAGGUUCCAAAACUUGGGAUCGUUUCCAGAUGAGAAUCCAUAAGCGUAUCAUCGAUUUGCAUUCACCAUCUGAGAUUGUAAAGAAGAUCACCUCAAUCAACAUUGAAGCUGGCGUAGAAGUUGAGGUUACAAUUGCCAACUAAAACGGAACAUGUAUAACUUUUUAUACAAUGCAUUUUUUGAAACAAUGGUGAAAUAUACAGUUUUCUAUUGUAUAUA